AAAGAUAAGAUUCAAUUACUGGGAAAGAGAGAGAGAGCUGCGUGGCUGCUUUUAGGUAAUUGUCCUUUCUCUUCUUUUAAGCCCCAAACCAAAGAAAAAUCAAAACCAUACACAGAAACGCUUUCAAAUUCCUUCUUUUGCUUUUCCACAUCUCUGUAAUAAGUAGUGGCAGAGCUUUCAGUUUCAGACUAAAGCUUCAUUACUCUCUAAAAUAUUGGUUUUUAUUUUGUGUUUGCGGCCGUACUCGCCUUCCCCACAAUCACAGACCAAUGAAGAAGACUAUGUCUCCCCACAAACACAGACACCUCUGCCGUUUUGCCCACAUGUAGAUGCUUAUUUAGUAGAUCCGUAGACGCAGAGAAACAGAGAGAGGGGGGGGAGGGUGUUUGGUUUUUGCAAUGGAUAAAGGCUGUCAAUCCUCUGGUGAUUCUAUCAUCACCAGUGGUAGCAGCAGCAGUAACAACACCAUUAGUAGCAGCAGAGAUCAGUACCUCAAAAACCUCAAUAAGCUAUCCCAUAAGAUCUCCAAACCCAUCAUCACCAAGAAGCAGCCGCCACUACCUCCUAUUGAUAAUCACAACUUUAUUAACAAUUCUGAUGCCAAUAUUACUUCUCAACCGCAUUCGCAUUCGCAAUCGCAAUCGCAGCCGCACAAUCAGCAGGCGCAGCAGCAUCAGCCGCCGGUGUAUAAUAUCAACAAGAAUGAUUUCAGGGAUGUGGUCCAGAAACUCACCGGAUCUCCCGCCCACGAGAGGUUCUCCACGCCUCCCCCUAUUCACCCACCGAAGCCUCAAAGUUCCCGAUUGCAGCGUAUACGACCGCCUCCACUGGCUCACGUUGGCAACCGCCCGCCUCCCCUGGUAAACAGCUCUAUGCCUCCUCCUCAAGUGCCUCCGCCACCUCUUAACGCUUCCAUAAACCCUCCUAUGCCUACCUCUGCAGCGACCAACACUUUCAUCCAACGCCCAUCGGCUCCUCUCUCACCGUUACCGCCGUUUCCAGCUGUCCAUGCGGCGGCGGAGUCUCCAGUUUCUGCUUAUAUGCGUUACCUUCAGAACUCGAUCUCUGCGGGUGAUUCUAAUAAGCAGUUCUCAGGAUUCUCGCCGCUAGGGUCACUGUUUUCUCCACGUUGGAACAAUCUACCACAACCUCCGCCACUUCAACAGAAUAACCAACCAUUCGCCCCGCUGCAGCAGGGGAUUUUAUCGUCGCCGACAUCAGGUAUGAUAGUGUCACAACCGCAAUUCCAGUUACCAACAUCACCGCUGCCUUUUGGGUGCUUGAACUCGCCACGAUCGUCGUACCCCUUGCUCUCACCGUCUUCGUUUCCGCUAUCGCCGACAUUGCCUGUGCCUAGCCCAAGAUGGAGAGCUCUUUGACAGUUUCAUCUUCUUCUCCUCCUCCUUGUUGAGGUAUCUAAUUUCUAAUCUGGCUGUGUGCUGACUACACUGGUUUACAACUUAAAAGAACUGUCUCUUUCUCCUCCUUACUUUAUCCACUGUUUUCCUCCCUCAGUUUUUGGGGGGUGAUAAGCAGUUGGGUGGUCUGUUAGGCUGGUAAAGGCAAAUAUACUGGCUCCUUCUAACAGUAAGGAAGGAAGUGCAACCUUCAUGUUUUCAUGGGCAAUACGGAGAAGGAUUGGAGGUGAAAUUUUUCUGCUGUUCCGUAGAUGGUUUACUUGAGCCAUAUUUUUGUUUUCCUACACCUAUUCUGCAGAAAAAGAGAGUGAAAUAUUUGAGAAUGAAUGAUUGCUGCUAGAAUAUGCAAGUCAAAGAAUUAAGGAUCAUGUUUGCUGCAUAGGAGUAUUUAUGAAGAUCCAGCGCAAACUUUUAGGCGAAUAAACUGCAAUAGGUUUAUAGAUUUCUUUUUUCUGUUAUUACAUUUCAGUGUACUGUUGAUGUUAAUAUUAAGAAAGAUGAAUUAAGGGAAAAGAAACUUGUUCAAGGGCUACUCUUGUAUGAGAUUUAUAGCACACCCAAAAUUGCAGCUGUCGGAUAAUACCUUUAUGCA